AUGCCGUUGCGGUAUGGGAAACUCAAGGCAAAUGAUUGGAAUCCGCUUACAGAAAAGAUCAUCAAGAAACUGGAAGGUUGGAAGGGUAAACUACUCUCGAUUGUGGACAGGACGACGCUUCUUAAUGCGGUGAUCACAACCACAGUGAUGUUCUGGAUGUCAAAUUUUGCCGUACCUUCAAAGCUAAUCAAAAUAAUUGACAAAGCUCAUAGGACCUUUCUUUGGUGUGGGAACGAGCGGUGGAAGAUGAGCAAGAGUCUGCUUAAUUGGCUGUCUGACCGUCGCCCAAAGCAUUUUGGUGGAUUCGGAAUUACAAAUAACAAAAUACUCAAUCAG